GGAGAAUGUUACCUCUCAGUUGUGGACUCCUUGUCGUGCUACUCGCCUGCGUGUGCGAUGGCCAGUCACCCUACCGCAGUCGCUUCCCCACCAGGCCGACCCUCAAGACCUGCGAGGCGCCUUACCUUAAGCACGGCUCGAUUGUGCGCCGCCAAAGAGGCAGGACAGUGGAGUACAUGUGUGACGCCACUUUUGAGCUGAUAGGGAGCAGAUUUUCAGUGUGCAUGAGCGGCAUUUGGGAUCGUCCUGUGCCACUGUGCGCCAAGGGCGGUUGUUCAAAGCCCAAGCCAGCGAAGAACGGAAUUAUUGAGCCCGGAGAGGGAGUUUUCAGUGUUCUGCUCUUCUGUCUGCCCGGAUUCGAAGUGACCGGAGCCAGAGAGGCUUUUUGUGACGGCAGCACUUGGGAUAGACAAUUGGGGAGCUGCCGAGAAACGCGAGUAGGCCCUCAGACGUCAUGUGAUUUUGAAUCAGUCACCAUUUGCGGAUGGACGAAUGACGACAGCCAUGACGUGAACUGGAUAAGAUCGAGUGGGAGUCAGUGGAGACAGGGCAGACCGCCCAGAUCAGGAACUACACAUGAUCACACAAUAGGAAAGCCCUUACAAGGUCACUUCAUGACGGUGGGAAGCCUUCGUCAUGUCCGAUAUGGUGGAGGACGCCUACUCUCGCCUGUCUACAACUCAACCUACAGCAGAGGCUGCUUCCGCUUCUUCUACCACAUGUACGGAGCCUCCGUGAGCAAUCUCAGUGUCUACCAGAUGCCUAUAAGUCUCAGGCAGCCAGUCACCUUGCUGGAGAUCAGCGGAAACAAAGGCAACAUCUGGCAUCGCGUCGAUCUGACUCUCCAGCCUUCUUCUGAGCCCUUCCAGAUCAUCUUCGAAGCCUCAAUGGCCGCAACCUCUACCGAUGUAGCAGUGGAUGAUGUAGAGUUGACAAUGUGUGGCAGUCAGGUGACUGAGGAAGGGACAGAGCCCACUGUUUCCACCACUGAGGAGGAGGGAGGGAUCUUCUCAGUGGACUCUUGUCGAGACAGAUGCUCAGAGAACGCUUCAGUGGCCAUCAAUGGGAGUUUGGUGAAGGAUCAGGCAGAUGAAGGCAUUUCCCUCAAAUGCGACUGUCACUCUGAAUGCCUAGACUUGAACUCCUGCUGCCCAGACUACAUGGAAGUGUGCCUGGCCAGUGGCAAUCCCACCAGUCUCCCAGAGAUCGCCACUGCGAAAUUCGACCCUAUUUAUUGGGCCAUCUUGGCAGGGAGUGUUUCAGCGAUAGGGACUAUCCUGGUGGGACUCUUCUACUGCCAGCGGCGCCGGAAGAUCCGCCAGGCUCCCGGAUGCGGAGAUGUGGUGUUCGAGAGGCGACGUGACGGUCAGGAGGAGGACGAUAGUGACAUCAAGUGCCUAACAAGCAUGGAUGACGAGGAGUUGGACUUCACCUUAAUGAAGGCAUAAUAAAGAAUUCGACACAA